AAAAAAAAAAUAGGUCACGGGGAAAACAAAAUGGCUGACAACACCUUACACUUCAUAGAGAUUGCAUUCCGCGUUGAACUACACAUAUAGGCUGAACAUAGUGCACACCUAUUGCUUCAAAGGACAAUCCUACAAGUCACUGUCACCCAGACUGCUUGUCAGCCAGAUUCUCCAUGGACCUGUUCGGUGGUAAUGCUGCCUGGACGCUAGGUCUCAUUGCAGGCUUCGUGGCUUUGCUUUAUCUGUAUGGUAAAAGGAGAAAGCGCCUGUUGAAGGAUGCUGGUAUCCCUGGACGAGAACCAAAUCUUAUUUUUGGGGCCAUUCUAGAUUUCGUCUGGAAGGGGCUUGACUUUGAAAACAAGCAGAGAAAAGAGUAUGGAGACGUAUUUGGAGAAUGGUUCGGCGGAUUCCCUAUGAUAAAUGUCUUUGACCCUGACAUUUUGAAGGAGGUUUUGAUAAAAGAUUUUGACACUUUCACGGACCGUAUGGGUUUCAUAGAUCUCGACGAUUACCCGCUCAGCACCAAUAUGUUCAGUGCGAAGUCAGACACCUGGCAUCGAAUCCGGAAGAUCGCCAGUCCCACCUUUAGCGCUGGCAAACUCAGGAAGAUGUGCAGAGGAAUAAAUCUUUGUGCCCAAAAGCUUACAAGGAACUUUAUUCGUGCUGCUGAAAGCGGAGAAGAAGUUGAUUUGAAACAAUACUUCGGAGCAUUCAGCAUGGACGCCAUUGGCAACACUGGAUUCGGGAUUGAAAUCGAUUCACAAAACGACUUUGACAACAACUUUGUUAGAGAAACCAAGAAAGUGUUUGAUAAUGCGUUUUUUGGAAACCCAUUCGUAUUCCUGAUAAUGUUGUUCCCUGAACUCAGGGCUCUGGCGAAGUGGCUGGGAUUGGGAGCUUUCCCAAGGUCCACCAAGAGGUUUUUUACACAAGCCGUGACGGAGAUGAUAAAACAGAGGAAAAAUGAAGCAAAGGAGGACAGAGAGAGGAGGGUUGACAUCCUGCAGCUCCUGUUAGACGCCGAGGAGGGUGAUCAUCAAGAUGGAUCCAAGAUUUCAGACGAAGCAGCGCAGAAAUCAUCCAGCACUUUGACGACGGAUGAAGUUAUAGGACAGGCUUUCGUAUUCUUCCUCGGUGGAUACGAAACAACUGCUGGUACUCUGCAGUUUAUUGGCUAUGUUCUGGCAACUCAGUCUGGCGUGCAGGACAAGCUGGCAAAGGAAAUAUAUUUAGUCCUUGGAGAAGAGGACCCUGAUUAUGACAAUAUCCAGGGGUUGGUCUACAUGGAUCGCGUGGUCAGCGAAACCCUGAGACUCUAUCCAGGUGUUAUGGCAACUAACCGUUACGUUUCCAAGACAACAACAAUCAAAGGAUGGACAUUUCCUGAAGGGGCUUAUGUCAACGUCCCCAUCAUUUUCCUGCACAGAGACCCAGAGGUGUUCCCAGAACCGAGAAAAUUCAAACCUGAGAGAUGGGAGAAAAAGGCUGAGAUCAACCCUAUGUUCUACCAACCAUUUGGCCACGGACCACGUCAUUGUAUCGGAAUGAGGCUUGCCCUGGUAGAAGUGAAGAUCGCUCUCGUCCAUUUGAUCCGGAGCAUUCGGCUUGUCAGACUGAAGGACACACCGGACGAGCUGACAGAAUUUAAGGUCACAGGCAUUUUACAACCAAAGACGCCGAUCAAGCUGAAAAUUGAGCUCCGUUGAUUAAGAUUCAUCAACAAACAAUGAGAUCGAUUAACUUGAUCUGUGUUAUUAAGAAGGCAAACUGAAGAACACAAUUAUACAUAUUAUCCAUAAGGGUAGAAUAGUUGUGAGUAAUAACUUUUUGAUAUUUGCCUGUGUACCUUUGAGCGAAUCUCAAUGCUGAUUGGUCGUCAUUUGAAGCCACAUGGCGAUAUGACGUCAUGCAUUGUACAUUAUGUCACAAAUUGAUUACAUGACAUCUGAACAAAGCGCUGCCUUUAUUAAAAUGCAGCUUCCCUUUAGUGUUGACCAUUCAUACGUUUUACCUUCAUUUUCUCUCUUAUAAUGUCAAUGAAUAUGUAGAAUGUGGUACUCGAAACUUGGAAUUACAGAUUAUAAAGAACAUAAUUUUUAUUACUGAACAUGUCAUCACUCGCUGAUGUAUGAUGUUUGUCUCUGAGGGGGGGCCUCUAACACUAUUUUCAGGAAACCGAGCAUGUGCUAGCUAACAUCCUUUUGUUGAACUGUGUCAAAAUGUUUUUAGUACAAAAGAAAUAACUACAUCCAAGGCCCCACUAUUGUCUGAAGGCAAUAGUAGUAUGUUCCAAUACCGGAUUCCGCCUGAUUAUAUUUCCAGGUUUGUCAGCACCAUAUCCCUGCUCGUCGGUCUCGUGAUUGGUAAACGCAUAAGACCUGCAUCACCUCGGAUAUCCUCCCAUAAGCUAAAACGCUUUGAAACAGCUGAAUACUAUUCAACGCGGCGUUAAUCCCAAUUCACCCACUCACAAUACCACAUGAUGUAAAUGGGAGUGGUUCUUCAUCAAAAUAUAACGAUAGAUUUCAAGAAGUACAACUUCAUACACAUUUUGCAUGCAUUUAGCGCAAAUUCACAUUUAACUAAAAAUGCAUCAAAAAUCGUUCUGCACAACGCCACCAAAGACAAUAAAUUCCAUCUUUUCAGACUU